AACAACGUUAUUUUCAGGUCAGUUGAUCAGGAUACCCCAGACGGAAACAUCGGUAAUUGACAGACCAACGUCAAAAUGAGGGGGUUUAUGCUUAUGUUCAUGGGAAUAUGCCACAUUUAUGAAGCAUUUGCUGUGACUCACUCCCUGAAGCAUUUCUACACUGCAUCUUCUGAAUUUCAUAACUUCCCAGAGUUUAUGGUUGUGGGGAAGGUGGAUGAUGUUCAGAUGGUUCACUAUGACAGCAACUUCCAGAAAGCGGUGCCCGAACAGGACUGGGUGAAGCAGACCGACGCAGAGUUCUGGGAGAAGGAGAAAGAGAAUUUCUUUUAUUCCCAGCAGUCAUUCAAAGCUGAAAUCGCUACUCUAAAGCAGCAUUUUAACCAAAGUGGAGGAGUCCACAUUCUCCAGUACAUGUAUGGCUGCUCACGGGAUUAUGAGACUGAACAGACAGAGGGGUUUGGACAGCUGGGUUAUAAUGGGGAGAACUUCCUUGAGUACGACAUGAAGACAUUAACUUGGAAAUCUCGUAAACAGCAAGCUAAUUUCAUGCAGGAUGAGUGGAACAGUGACAUCAGUAGACUGGGCUUCUGGAAGAUCUACUUCUCCCAGACCUGCAUUGAUUGCCUGAAGAAGCAGGUGGAGAAUGGGAAGACCACUCCGAAGAGGACAGUCCCUCCCUCAGUGUCUCUGCUCCAGAAGACCCCCUCCUCUCCAGUGACCUGCCACGCUACAGGUUUCUACCCCAGUGGAGUCAUGGUGUUCUGGCAGAAAGACGGACAAGAUCACCAUGAAGAUGUGGAGCAUGGAGAGAUUCUCUUCAACGAUGAUGAAACCUUCCAGAAAAGCAUCCACCUCACAGUGACGCCUGAGGAGUGGAAGAACAACAAGUAUCAGUGUGUGGUUCAGGUCACUGGUAUCAAGGAGGACUUCAUCAAGGUUCUGACUGAGUCUGAGAUUCAGACCAACUGGGAUGACCCAAGAUCCAACAUUGGAGUGGUGGUGACUCUCCUCCUGGUUGUUGUUGUUGUUGUUGUUGGGGUCGUCAUUUGGAAGAAGAAGAGUAAGAAAGGGUUUGUUCCAGCCAGCACUUCUGACUCUGACAACUCUGGGAAAGUUCUCCUGUAGGCUUGAUAAACCUCUGCACUUCUGUAACAUCAGAGAGCUGAAGAGGACAGCAACGGAAAUAACAAACUUCCCAAAAACGUAACACAUCUGUAUACUUACACACACACGUCAGUCUGUCGUGGAAAUUUCCUCUAUUUACCAAAUCAUGGGAGAAAACCACACACACAAGUCAGUUAGUUAUCAAAGUCCAUCUUUAAUUAUAUGAGCUCUAUAGCAUUUUCUGUGACUCUCAACAGUUCAGUAUCUCUACUCAAAAGUUGAGAGCCCACAAAAUGGAAAAUGGGAUCCUUUAUAGCGAAGAUCCACCCCCUCCUUGGCGACAAGACAAAACACAGGUCUUAGGAACUUACACAAAGAAAGACUUUACUUCAGAGAAGAGUAUCCCCAAAGAAGAGAGUUGGCUAUAAAUUAUCGUUCAGUUUGGUCUCCUAAACAAAGCUCUUAUCUCGUCCUUGGUACAAAAUGGUACCAAGACAUUACCCCCACCCUAUGAUAUAUAUCAAAUUGUCAUUUAGAUAGAACCAAUUCUAAAUACAACCAAUCCUGGACAAACUCACAGAGGCACACAGACAUUGUGGAGCAAAAGAUAUGUUUACACAUGAUGACACUUUGACCUCUCCCCUCUCUGCGGCCCAUGCAACUUAGUCUUGACAUAGAACAGAUAACUGCAACCUCGCCACAGAAUUUUACAAAAAUACCAUUCUUGAUGAGAAGUAACUUACAAACAUAUGAUGAAUAUAAAACAUCUUACAUAUGUUAAAAACAAAUUCUGAUUAUUCCACAACAUUCCCCUCUCAAGGGACUCAGUCCCUUCUGAAAAAUCAGAAUAUUAAUUACAUACACAAUAUUUAAAAAUUCAAAUCCCCUCAAAUUCAAAUACCUUAGCUUAUAUGUAAGCUUUCUCCCUUCUGGAACUAAGUUUACAACCUUUAUUCUACAAGACAAACUUUCACAUGUUUAAUAACACAGAAUAAUCCAUUUGAGGAAAAUAAAAACAUAACAUAUAAAUGCUCUUUAAGUUACAUGAGAACCAGUGUUUCAACACAGGCCUCCUCACAACAAAUAGGACAGACAUCCCUCUAAGUCCUCAUGCUCAGAAAUAUACUCAGGAAUAGAGAAUAGGGCAGUGAAAUUAUUCAUAUUCCAAAUCCUAAGUAACAACCCAACUAUUUAUCAAACCAAUAUUUUAGAAUAGCAUUCCUCAGUGAUUCAAAUGUGUCUUAUCACUCAACAGUAAAAACCUCAAUUUAACACACAUCAAUAUUAGCAGAUUUACAUACAGUAUAAUUAUCCCAUAAUUCUACUAUUAACUUUUUAAAUCAUGAUUAUAAUACAGAUCAGUAUCUCAAUGCAUUCUUAAUCUAAAUUACUACAAUUUACAUGGUGUAGACCUCUUCAAUCAACCUGAUACCACAAAAGUAUAAACAAUUUUAAUGGCACAGUUGACCAAACCCCCCUUACACAGGCACGGCAUCUUCUGGCAUCUUCGUUUAUCUUCAGAUAGCUUUACAGUUCAAAGUGGAUGGCCCAUGAUAAUGUCCCAAUUUCAAUGUCUCAUCUUGUCCAUUCGUCAACCAAUAUACCAGCAUCGUAAUAAAAUGUUAGAACAGAUCUUCCUCCAUGAUCACUCCAAGUGGACUCAUCACAGUAUGAGAGAACCAUGAAAGAAAAGCAGUUGAUAGCUUAGAUCUGAUACUGUGCACCAAUUUCUGGCUUGGUUCUUUUCUCUCGGUAGAAAUGGUUUGGAAAGCCUCCUUCAACGCCUUUGUCACCCUUCUUCAGCCAGUUAGAGGGGGUUUUGAGGUACACACACUAUUCGGUCCAAAUUAUCUCUCCCAUGCAUUAAGAUACCGUCUGACGUCACUUUUCAUGAUAACCUCGAAAGAACAGAUCAGAACAACAGUUUAGUUCAGUUCAUUAAAUUCAUGAUAAAUGAUUACUUUUACCAAUUAUUCUUAACACACAUAUCUAAACAUAUUUCACAGAGAAUAUUAAAACAUUCUAUUGAAACUAUUCUUUCAAAUUGGUUUAUACUCCCCAUCUCACUGUCAACUCCAUCGUAGAGCCAAGGAUCAAGAAAUUAGACCUAUACCUCAGGAAUAGAACAAAACAAACACAACAAUACAAUACACUCCUUCACUUAUCACUUAAGUUGUAUAACUUCAAUUCAAACCCUCAAAAAACUAAAUCCUCCCCCAUGUUUUACACACAUCUCUCUGUAUGAGAGUAAUGUGAAACAAAACUGAAAACAAAUGUAAAACAACAUUUCAGCUCACCUAAUCAAAUUAAAAUCACUAAACUGAGAAAAAAAACUCCACAAAGAAAAAUUAUUUAACCCCUAUGGUCAUAGGAAAAUAGACUUAAAGCAGCAUACCUUUAGUUAAAAGCAAUGCCCUUCAUUCACAGUGGUCCAAAUUACAAAUAUGGCUAAAGAACAUAUUUACCAAUUACACAAAUUAUUUUGAAAGCAGUAUUACAAAUGACCAUACAUUUAUUAUCCAAAUGGCUUUUAAUGCGGGUGAUCAAACCACAACGGAAAGUCAUCAGAAGGUCAUACAAAACCCCUCAAAGCAGUGUUUUUCCACUAUAUUAUAAAACAAUUUGCAAACAAUAAUCAACUAGUUCCAACAUUUUUGUAUUUCCAUGUUCCCAGAACCUUCCUUUAUCAAAAGAAUUUGCGUGUGUAAUGAAAACUCAGAAAAUAAAACUCAUUAAAAUCCCAUGUGGAGAGUGCCCCUUGAAAAUACCUUUAAUACCCUUGCACUGAAACAAAAAAACUUCCUCCAGGCCCCCUCCAAUGUGGUAGUUUAUGACCUCAUUUUCACUCACUCUCCCCAAGAGUAUAGUCCCUGGAAACAUUCCAGAGAGAGACAGUGAAAUAUCAAUUUUCCCGGAGAAAACACAAAAACACUUAGUAUUCAUUACACUACAUUGAUUCAGAAACUCAAACGUGAACUAUAAACCAAACCUAAUGAUAAUUCCACUGUACCUCAUCAUUAAUCAUAGGUUUUAAUCAAAUCAAUCAAUGUAUAUGUAUGAUACAAUGUUUAACUAAGUUAAAUCAACUCCUAAAAAACUUUAAUCGGCAAUCUAAUAAUUUCAACCUGUUGAUAUAAAUUUAGUAAAAACCAAUCCUGAUUUUUUUUCUUUUUUUAAACAAAUCUAAAAUCCUUCAAAAGUCGGUGCUGUCUCAUCAUCGUAAAAAUAAACUUAAUUAUUUUUUCCCCCACUGAUAUCCACAAAGGUCAAUACUGUCCAGCACAUCCAUUAAUGAUCUUCCUUUAGUCUGUACAGGGUCUGAAGUUCCAAUGUAUGCAGAUGAUACAGUGAUAAAUUCUUGCAAAUAACAAACUACACAAGAACUCACUACUAUAAUGAUUCAGAUGACAAAAUUGCCCAGAGACUCAUGUUUACAUCUCAAUAAAAUAAAACACAGACUGCAUGUUCCUCAAAAACAACCACUUAUGGAAAAAGCUCCUGGUGGUAUCUGAUUUUAAGUGCCAAGGCAUCAUACUUGAUUCCAACCUCUCUUUUAAAAAGCAAAUAAUAAAGGAACUCAAAUACCAAUAUUCAACCUAGCUAAUUUCCCAAAACAUAUGAAAUUGCUUUGACUAUUGCGGUAACAACACCAUAAUUAAAAUCUAUGAUACUCCCCCACUUAACAUACUAGUUUAGUCUUCUUCCAACGGGCUCUCACACUACUCAAUCCAGGAAUCACCUUUAAUGACCUGACAUUGUUCCACAUAAUGGAAACAUACUAUAAUGUUAGACUACAUGAACUUUCCUGCUCAAAUUAACUGGUGUUACUUAAACAGUCAAACCAAGAAUCAAUAACCAUCAGACUCUAUUAUCACGAUGUUUCAUGAUUCAGACAUCCAGUCUCCCUUUCCUCAUAGCCUAAUACAGUCCAAAUAAACGCCACAAAUCUAUGACGCCCACCUAGUGAAUCAGCUGCUAGAAAUACAGAAAAAAAUGUACCUGAACAACGGUCAAAACAAUUAGAGUAAGGUUAUUGUAUAUUCAAACUAAUAACACAAAUGUAAGUUAUUCUACAACAAUCUACCUGCCUCCAGCAACUUUCCCUGACAAUUAGUAGCCAACAUAGCAACUAACUCUCUUCUAUACUUUCAUCUCAACUUUCCUAUUUCUUUUUCUCAUUGGGCAAAAAUAUAUAACCCCUCUCAUUUCAACGUUUUUCCCUACCUCUAUGUAAGAUUAAAAACCCCAACUUUAUAACUUCCUCUUCUCUUUGCUCUUCACACUUAUGAAAUGUAUCCUAUUUCUUUAAAAAUAACACACGCAGCGCCAAAAUUAUAACAUGUGUCAGUCAAUCUAUAAGAAUGAAAAACAUUUUGCCAUUCUCUCCCCGCUAUUAUUUAGAAUUUCUUUAACUUAGGUAACUGUCUUCUCUAUUGAUACAGUAAUUUAAAUACGACCCCAUUCUCAAUACAUUAUUCCAGCAGAUAAUUUAGUGAACAGACAUCGUCUUGCAUCAGAAUUCGCUUCGUUAUUAUUUUAAGUUGAAUUAGUCUAUCAAUUUAACCUAAACAAUCUAUUGAAAACGUUCAAUUUAUCUCUUAUACAAACACUAGCGACCAUAACUUUCCAGGCAAAACAUUCAAAUAGAUUAUUUAUAAUCAAAAACUGGGAACGGAACUCGGGCCUCCCGCGUGGCAGGUGAGAAUUCUACCACUGAACCACCAAUGCUAUUGUGAAAAACUAAGAUUCUCCGCAUAUAAACCCAAUUUUUAAGUAAAAUCAAAACACAUCACUAUCGUUUUUACUAGGCAAGUCAGUUAAGAACAAAUUCUUAUUUUCAAUGACGGCCUAGGAACAGUGGGUUAACUGCCUGUUCAGGGGCAGAACGACAGAUUUUGUACCUUGUCAGCUCGGGGAUUUGAACAAGUCCAAUGCUCUAACCACUAGGCUACAGAAGAAUAAUAGCCCAAUUUUAAUAGUACAAACGUUACUCCGGCUAUGAUUCUCAAAUUCCAAAUGAAUAUAUUAGCAAUCAAAGAAUAAAAUCGACAGUUAUUAAUCACGCAAUGAUAAUUAGUUUGAUGGAAAACCUUAGGCUUUGUACGACAUUAUAAAUUACAUCGAGCAUCCCUCGAAUUCUCUUUAACUUUAUGGAAAACAGUUUAUUCAAUAAAUCCCGCAACUUCUCUCAUACUGGGAAGAAAAAGUAUAACAUGUUCAGACCUUAAGGGCAGUUAAAUUUCAAAUGUUUCACCCAGAUGGAGAUAAUCCAAUAUGCGUUUUAUAGUUACAUCGUUAGGGUAAAACAACCAAAAGUGGACACAUUCUAAUCAGUUUCUAGAGCUCAAUUUCCCAGAUUUUGUAGAUUAUUUUAAUAGUGCUUAAAAACAUCAUCUUUAUCAAAUUAUCCAUUUAAGAUAUCAACUCAAAACCUACGUACGUCUACGAAUGGGUGGUUUAAAUUGUAUCUAAUCAUUCUCAGCAUUACUUUAUCAAACCUCUAGUAAUUGAUUAUACACACACAUAAUUCAUCAUAAUUUCAAAUAAUUCACAGAAUCCAUAUAAAAUUUAAGAAAUCUUAGGUACUCACACAGAACUUUCAGGAUCAUCCACACAGGAUUGGUCAUAUGUUCACACAGAACUGGUCCGAAAAAACGGUUUGCCCACACAGUCAACCCUACCCCGCUCACACAGAACGGUCCGACAACUAUUACCUAGUGAUCCCAUAACAAAAUACUCACACAGAGUAAACCCAGGGCAUACCUGGCUAGCACAUUUAAAAUAAUUGGAAUUCACCACAUCUGAGGGUCACUUAGACAAAUCACACAGACGCACAGAAUGAGGUCCUUCUUCCAAUAGGGCUUCACCAAGUGCCGUGUUUCACCUAGAACACACAGUCCCCCUUGGCCCCUCACCUUUUUCUUUAAAAAAAACUCAGUUCGAGAUGUGGUAUCCACUCGGCUCGCUUCCUCUUAGAUCAAAGGUUGGUCCAUCUGCUUCGUUCCUGAAGUGUGGUUCUCCCUGAGAUCCCAAGUUUAGGGGAUCCCUCGUGCACAAAUUAUUUACCUAGAUCGUAGGAACGGUCACCGAGUGAAGAUUCACAUCCCCUCCUCGUCGCCAAAUGUCGUGGAAAUUUCUUCUAUUUACCAAAUCAUGGGAGCAAACCACACACACAAGUCAAUUAGUUAUCAAAGUCCAUCUUUAAUUAUAUGAGCUCUAUAGCAUUUUCUGUGACUCUCAACAGUUCAGUAUCUGUACUCAAAAGUUGAGAGCCCCCACACAAUGGCAAAUGGGAUCCUUUAUAGCAAAGAUCCACCCCCUCCUAGACGACAUGACAAAACACAGGUCUUAGGAACUUACACAAAGAAAGACUUUACUGCAGAGAGGAGUAUCCCCAAAGAAGACAAUUUAUAGCCAACUCUAUCGUUCAAUUCCACAACAAGUCUCACACACAUCUUUCUCACGCACAAGCACACACACACACUGUAAACACAGAAUCCAUAUAUAAAAAAUAUCUGCUGUCAGAAAUAUUCUUUGGUGAUUUCCUUGAAACAGUUGUACUUUAUUUUAUUCCUUUUGCUUUUGAAAGGAUGUGCUGUAAUUUUGUUGUAUACAAUGUAAUAUUGCCAUGGUUUGUCUUUUUAAAAGUUGUGCUAUAAUUUUGUUAAAUUAGAAAAUGAGUGUUCCACUGUGUGAUAGACAUAUCUCAAUCUUACAGGUAUAUUAGAAUCAAUGGAUGUAACAAUUUGAAUGUAUAUUAUUAUUAAAAUGAAACAUCAAUUUGCUAGAUUUUUUUUCCGCUACCUGAAGCCACCAAAACAAUCACAUUUAAGAGAUAUUGCUGUAAACUGGGAAAACAUUUUUAAAUUUUGUUUGAAUGUGUAGUGUAGCAGCACAUGUUUUGGUGGUAUAAGAUACAGUAAUUGUGUGAUGUUAUAACUUUGCUAACACUAACUUGUUUAAUUGUAUAACUAUAAUCCAGACCGGGCCUGUCCACAUGUUCCAUUUGUACAUUUUUCUCUUUUCUCGAAUGUGGCUUUAUUUUUCUAGCUUUUUUUGAUUUAAUGAUCCGUUUUUAUUUAUGAUGGGGCAUAAACACUUUUUCACUACACAUUCUGUAGAACUAAGUUGGUGAAUAAGUGAACAUGUAUUUUAUUGGAAGUGUAAAUGUGAUCCAUUUAACAGACGCAUAAUCAACCAGCCAAACAAGACCAAUUAGAGACCAAAUUCAUGCAUUCUGUAAUAAUGUUCUUACACUUCACAAAGACCACAAAAUUGAAAUGAAAGUGUCAUACUGGGCCUUUUAAUAAUGUUUGCAGUAAGAUAUGUUCUAAACAGUAAAGGCCUUGAAGUGGAACAAAAUAAUUGUGUAUAUGGUAUAUGGGCUUAAGAAGAAGUUAUAUUUUGAUGACCUGUAUGAAAAAUGAUGGGGUGACAGGUAGCCUGGAGGUUAAGAGCGUUGGGCCAGUAACCAAAAGUUUAGUUGCUGGUUAGAAUCCCACAGCCGACAAGGAGACAAAAUCUGUCAACGUGCCCUGGAGCAAAGGCACAACCAUAAUUUCUCAUGUAAAUCGUUCUGGAUAAAAGUCUCUAUGUAAAUGUUUUAAUAAAAUGAUUCUUAGAAAGGGGGUCAUCUCUACACUGUUUGAGUACCGGCACCUAUUUCAGUCCAAGUCAAGCAAUGGCUGUAAACAACAACGGGCAUAAAUAAAUAGGUGCCGAUACUAGUUUGGGUGCGGUACUGUUGACGUUUAGGUGUAGGAGUUGUAAAAUUAUUUUGUAACAAUAUGAUAGGCUUUUGAAUAAAGGUAAUUCUAGA